AUGACGUGCCGCCCCACCAAUGACGUGCCGCAGGAUGCUGAGGUCCGCAAACUUCGGACGUUCCACUGGAGCAAGCUCAGCCGGCGCACGGGCACCGUGUGGUGCAGCCUCCCCGCAGCCCCCGCCCUCGUGCCCCAGAUGGCCGAGAUGUUGGAGUCCCUCUUCAGGAACCCGGCCUGGGCUGGGGCGUCCUCCUCCAAGUCCAAGCCCGCCCCCGUGGCUGGCGGCCCCGAGGGCCGCCCAACUAUGAUUGACAUCAGGCGGGCCAACAACGUGUCCAUCAUGAUGACGCGCUUCAAAGCCUUCCCCGGGGGCGUGGGGGGCAUGAUGCACGCCGUUCUCAGCUUCCAGGGGCUAACGUGGGAGGAAAUGGGCCUCAUUCGACAG